AUGCGCGCAGCCGCCAUCCUCCCCGUGCUCUUUUCCCUGGCUGCCGCCGCGCCUGCUACGUCUCAGAUCAAGGCUCGCGAAAUUGUCUACACUCACACCUGGGAUACUUGGCCUGACCAGAGCUACAUUAUCACUCCCGCCGCCCGUGGUUUUAUCAGAGUCUUCCCAACCAACGCCACCCACGAGAGCUUCAUCUUCGGCAACCUGCAAGCCCCCAACAGUGGUGUUACAUACACCUAUACUCUUUCCGGGCAAGGUAUCGACACCGUCGUCACGAAGGCGCUGAGCCCGGGAGUCACUGAGACGCAUGUUAUUGAGACAACUACCAACUCUCCGGCUUUCACUAUCAGCGUCGAUCGCUAUGGCCUCUGA